AUGAGUGAUGUUAACUCCUUGGAGGAGUUCGCAGUGGCGGCGGAGAUGGAGCUAGAGACAGCACCGGCGACACCGGAGGCACAGUUAUCAAGAUCCAAGAAGCUUAGACUGCACCUAAAGAAGUGUGGCCGACCUUCGAAGAGCAAACCAAAUGCACCACCGCCCUCAUUCAUAGUCAUCUUACCACUCCCCCACGCGCUCCAGGACAGGGAAAGGGAGCAAGAGUCGCCCUCCCCCUCCAUCAUCUCUUCCUCCUCUGCCGGCUCCUCCGCACUCUCCUCCCUCUCUCCCUCUCCUGCCUACCCGCCCUUCCCAAUAGCGCUCACUUCGCACUCAGCACAACACUUCCGAAACGGGGCGCUCAUCACAAUUUCUGCCAUCCGGCCGUUCCUCGCAGAUUACUCAGGCCCAUACAUCAACACCGCUCCCCUCCUUCACAUCCUACGCAAAUUCGAGUCUGCAGGCCAUUCCGAGCUGGACACGCACGCGAAACGCGAUGGCCGGACGUAUGCGCUUGAAGCGCUGAAAGAUCAGAUUCGAGAUCUGUCGUCGGGGCGGGGGUAUAUUACGUAUACGGAGUUGGAGGCUUUGUUUAAGAAAUUGGAUGACCAUACGCAUCAUGAGUUGGUGAUGGUGAAGGAUAGUUGUCCUGGGGGAUGGGAUCCAGAGCCGACGGAUAGAGAGAUGGAGGUGUGUGUGAGGACUCCGGUGGAGAGUGAGGAGGGGAGUAGUGAGGAGAAUGGUGAGGAUGGUGAGGAUGGUGAGGGGGAUAGUGAGGAAAGUGAGGAGAGUGAGUAUGAGGGCUGA